ACCUACCCACCACCCUUCUCUCCUCACUCCUUACUCUCUCACUCUACAUCUCUGCGGUUCAAGAAUGGCGUACUGCAGUUCCCUCCUUUUUCCUCUGUUGGUGCUAUUGAUUCUCAAUUCUUUCGACCUUACAGUUGAAGAAAACACGAUUUCAUUAUCUUUCCCUCUGACCUCAGCCCCUCUCUCCAAACCUCCAGCUUCUAGAGCAAAAUCUCUGUCUUCUCUGCUCAUGUCACGGCGUUCCAAUCAAACGAAGAAGACGCUUCCCCCGUUCGAUUACAACUACAAGACAUCGUUCAAGUAUUCAAUGGCCCUGAUUGUUUCUCUCCCCAUUGGGACCCCACCUCAGUCCCAGCAAAUGAUUUUAGACACCGGCAGCCAGCUUUCCUGGAUUCAGUGCCACCGGAAAUCCCCCAGGAAGCCUCCUCCGCCGACGUCGUUUGACCCCUCCCUAUCUUCUUCCUUCUCCGUCCUCCCCUGCAACCACCCUGUCUGCAAGCCCCGAAUUCCCGAUUUCACUCUCCCCACCACGUGUGACCAAAACCGCCUCUGCCACUACUCCUACUUCUACGCUGACGGGACCCUGGCCGAGGGCAAUCUCGUCAGGGAGAGGUUCGCCUUCCCCGGUUCGCGAACUACCCCUCCCUUGAUUCUUGGCUGCGCGGCGGAGCCCGGCGAGGCUGAGGGCAUUUUGGGAAUGAAUCUUGGGCGGCUGUCGUUUAUUUCCCAGGCUAAGGUGCCGACAUUUUCUUACUGCGUCCCAUUCAGACGCGGCAACGAAAAGAUUACCCGCACGGGCACGUUUUACUUGGGCCAAAAUCCCAAUUCCCACACAUUCCAAUACAUUAAUCUGUUGACUUUUCCUCCAAGUCAACGCAUGCCCAAUUUUGACCCCCUGGCGUACACAGUGCCAAUGGUUGGGAUCAAAAUUGGCGGAAAAAAAUUGAACAUAUCCACGGCUGCUUUCCGGCCAGACGCCGGCGGCUCUGGCCAGACGAUGGUCGACUCUGGCACCCAGUACACUUUCCUAGUGGAAGCCGCUUAUGCCAAGGUAAGGGAAGAAGUCGUGAGUUUGGUGGGGACGAGAUUAAAGAAAGGUUACGUCUACGGAGGUGCAUUGGACAUGUGCUUCAAUAGAAACGCAUUGGAGAUUGGGCGGAAGAUAGGGGACAUGGUUUUUCAAUUCGAGAAGGGCGUCGAGAUAUUAAUUAGUAAGGAGAGGGUCGUGGAUGAUGUGGGGGGUGGUGUCCAUUGCGUUGCCAUCGGACGAUCAGAGUCCCUCGGUAUUGCUAGCAACAUUAUUGGGAACUUCCAUCGGCAAAAUCAUUGGGUCGAAUUUGACCUAAGUCGUCGACGAGUAGGGUUUGGAAUAACUGAUUGUAGUAGAUCGAUAUGAUAAUUUUUUUUGUAAAAUAUUCUUUAAAUUAGCGCAUAGUUUUUAAAAGGUAUAGUAGAAAUUAAGUAGAGUAGAAAAGUGAUCAAUUGGUACAAUUCUUCUUUGCAUUGAUGCAAACUUUUGUUACCCAAUUAGAAGGAAAGAAUAUAUAACAAAUUAAGCGGUAUUUGCAAUAA